AUGGCGGGCGAGAGCCACGUUUUGAAAUACACUGUAUAUAAAUGGUCAAGUUACUCAUCAAAUUACGUCCCAGAAAAUAUAUACCAUGACCGUCCUCAAGAACAGUCUUCAAGAUGGUCCUCUGAUUCCAACAACUCCCCACAGGUGUUUGGAGGCCCCACAGAUGAUCAUAUGAUUGAACUGCUUGAAAGUGGGCUGAAAAAUGAUCACGUUCCUGAAACGUUUUAUCCUCUAAAUGAAAUAGAUGAUAACCAUUUUCCUGUAAGAUAUCUUAAAAUUGUCCCAUUGCAAGCCUGGGGACCCAGUUUUAAUUUUAGUAUUUGGUACAUAGAAAUCCGUGGCAUUGAUGACACAGCUGCUGUAAAACCAUGUCUCAACUGGUACAAUAUGGUAGGCUUUUCUAUCUAUUCUUUAUUCUUCAAUGAUACCCCUCUUUUGUUUUUUCAUUCAUUGUUAGCAUUCUUCAAACUGACUUCUUUUUCUCGUAACAAUACCACAUUUGACCACCGGCCUGGCAUGAGAGGUGGACAUCAAAUGUGUAUUGAUCCCCUCACAGAAACCAUGUACCUGUAUGGUGGUUGGGAUGGUAACCAGGAUCUGGCAGAUUUGUGGGCUUACCAUGUUCCAUCCCAAUCAUGGUCUUUGUCAUACCUUCUCGGUAAUGAUGGAGAGAUUUCCCUUUUUUUUUCUUUUUUUUUUCCCCUCUCUUCCCUCCCUCUCCCCCUUUCCCCUCUCCUCCCCCUCUGUAUCCCCUCCUCCCCCUCUGUAUCCCCCUCUCCCCCCCUGUAUCCCCCUCCCCCCUCUCUAUCCCUUUUCUCUCUCUAUCCCUUUUCUCUCUCUAUCCCUUUUCUCUCUCUAUCCCUUUUCUCUCUCUCUCUAUCCCUUUUCUCUCUCUCUCUAUCCCUUUUCUCUCUCUCUCUAUCCCUUUUCUCUCUCUCUCUAUCCCUUUUCUCCCUCUCCCUCUCUAUCCCUUUUCUCCCUCUCCCUCUCUAUCCCUUUUCUCCCUCUCCUCUCCCUCUCUAUCCCUUUUCUCCCUCUAUCCCCUCUCCUCCCUCUCUCUCAGGACUAGAGAGCCCAGCAGGUCCAAGUGCUCGUUCAUGUCAUAAAAUUUGCCUGGAUUAUGAACGUAAACAGAUUUUCAGUUUGGGACGAUACCUCGACUCCUCUUUACGGUCAGUGGAAAAUCUAAAGAGUGAUUUCUACAUGUAUGACAUUACAUCUGGUAAAUGGACCUUAAUCACAGAAGACACAGCGGCCAUGGGUGGGCCAAAGCUGGUAUUUGACCACCAAAUGGCCAUUGACAUUGAUGAACAGACCAUCUAUGUGUUUGGUGGACGAGUUCUCACAAGCUCCAGUGAAGGAGAGAGAAGUCAUGAGCCAACAUUCAGUGGUCUCUAUUCAUACCAUGUACCAACAAACACGUGGCGUAAACUCCGGGACGAUUGCAAUGAAGUACGAUCGAGAAUUGGUCAUUCGAUGCUCUUCCAUCCAAAAAAAAGAUUGCUGUAUAUAUUUGCUGGUCAAAGAUCCAAAGAAUAUUUGAAUGAUUUUUUCACUUAUGAUGUUGAAGCUCACCGAGUUGAAGUUCACUAUUUAUUUGGUGGCAAUCCUGGUAAAGACAAUCUUCCUAAGAUGAGACUUGAUGACUUCUGGGCUUUGAAGUUGUCUCGGCCAUCUCAGGAACAUCUACUACGUAGGUGUAUAUAUCUUAUACGGAAAUACAAGUUCCAGGAGAUUGCACAUGAUGAUCCGGUGAAGGCUGUGACCUACUUACAAACAGAAUUGGCUGACAUGGUGGAUCAUGCAGAUCCACAGGAAACGAAAGAGUUUCAGCUUCUAGCCUCAACUCUGUUCAAGGAUAAAUCAGAUGAUGAGGAGAUGAUAGAAACUGACAGUGAAGUGAGUGAACACUUUCAUAGCAGGACCCAACUUUUUGAUUUGCUGGUUAAUUAUUUCCCAGAGAACAUGACCCAACCAAAAGGGAAUUUGGUGGAUCUUAUAACAUUAAAAUGA